AUGUACCGGGAGGGCCAGCAUGAGGAAAUCCAGACCAAAAAGGCCUCAUCUUUCCUUGCCCACUUUUUCCCGGUGAAAACAGGAAUUUUCGACUUGGAUGACAACCCCUUUAGGUCUCAACAAAAUCCCUUUGGGAUCUGGAUUCUGACAGAGGGCUCUGUUGGGUCUGCGUUGGGUUCUCUUGGUGAUAUGGAGGAAGGAGACGACAAUCAGGCCGAGGAUGCCAGCCAAUCAGAGAGAGAGGGAGGAGCUUCAGAUCCUGAGGCUUCAGGAGAGUGUGAACCCUUGAGCCCUCCCUGCAGUGAAACAGAGCCUCAGGAAGCCCCAGAAGGCCCCAAGGAGCUGGAAGAGCAAGAGUCGGACCGAGGUCCAGAAGAGGCCAGCCCGUGGAAUGGGCCAGACGAACUGGAGUUGAUCUCACAGGAUGGGGAAAGCAAAGUUCGUGCCAAGAGGAACCUCCCUGAGGGAAUUUCUUGGGGACCAUUCAGUGGAAAUAUCCAGAGUGAAGGUUCCUCACCAGGGCAAACAGAGACGAGCCCGCCCAUGACCCUGCUGGUAGGAGAGGAGAGCUGCUGGCUAAUGAAGCUCCCCCUGGUCUCAAGUGAAGCAGAUGCCAACUCGGUGAUCUUCAGGAAGGACGAAGCCAUUUGGUGCAAGACAACCAAGCCUGUGCCAGAAGCUGGACUGAUGAACACAUUCCUCAUGGCUGAGCCCCGGGGCAUCACCAGCAACCCAGUGAAGACAGAACCUGGGGACCCCGAGUACCCAGCCACCCUGCACUCCGACAUCCAGCUCCUGCCCCAGCAAGCAGGCAUGGCAGCUAUCCUGGCCACUGCUGUCGUCAACAAGGAUAUCUUUCCCUGUAAAGACUGCGGCAUCUGGUAUCGGAGUGAACGGAAUCUGCAGGCUCACCUCAUGUACUACUGUGCCAGCCGCCAGAGCUCGGGCUCCCCACUGGUGGAGGAGAAGCCCAAGGAGACGUACCCCAAUGAGAGGGUCUGCCCGUUCCCCCAGUGUAAGAAGAGCUGCCCCAGUGCCAGCUCCCUAGAGAUUCACAUGCGGAGCCACAGUGGAGAAAGACCCUUCGUCUGUCUCAUCUGCCUGUCAGCCUUCACUACCAAAGCCAACUGUGAGCGGCAUCUGAAGGUGCACACAGACACACUGAGUGGGGUCUGUCACAGCUGUGGCUUCGUCUCCACUACGAGGGACAUCCUCUACAGCCACCUGGUGACGAACCACAUGAUCUGCCAGCCAGGCUCCAAGGGCGAAAUCUACUCCCCGAGUGCAGGACACUUGGCCACCAAGCCAGGACCUACAGGUUUGGCUCAGGCAGGCUCCACCCCCGGCCUCAAGUGUGGCCUGUGCGGCCUCCUGGCAGAGAGCCUCGCCAGCCUCCAUCAGCACAUGGCCCUGCAUGGCCCUCUGCCCACUCCAGACACCAGCCAGGCCCCCCCAGGCCCUGAAUCACCCACGCCUCCAGACAGUAUGUCCAAGAAGGCCCCAGAUGAGGCAGAAAAUGGGGAAGCCCAGGCUGCGCCCCAGGAAAGCUGCUCUUCCUCCUCCUCGUCCUCUGGGGAGGGGGCAGCACCGCUCUUGAGGAUCAAAGAGGAGGUUGUGGAGGGCCAGGGGACAGAGCCCGACAUGGCCAAGAGCCACAGCCAGGCAGAGCAGGGCACGAGCCCCAGGUCCGAGCCUGAGUCCUCCUCGAGGACGUCUUCCCCACAAAGCUUAGCAUCGGUGAAGGUCAAGUCAGAGCUGGCCAGCCCCACUCCGGGCUCCAGCCCCGUGCCCAGUGAGCCGGGGAUGGGCCCCGCUGGAGGCACCAUCUUCCUGCCCCAGUACAUGUUUGGUCCUGAAACCUCCGUGGUCCCUCAGGCCUCCGAAAUCCUGGCCAAGAUGUCGGAGCUCGUGCACAGCCGGCUCAAGCAAGGCCAUGGAGGGGUGGCCCCAGCCCUGUACCCAGGGACCCCUGCGCCCAAGGGAGCCACCUGCUUCGAGUGUGAGAUCACCUUCAACAAUAUAAAUAAUUACUAUGUUCACAAGCGUCUCUACUGCUCCAGCCGCCACAUGGCAGAAGAGAGCCCCCCGGGGGCCCGAAAGCCAAAAGUGGUUGCGCCCCCCAAGGGCCCUCCAGGCCCUGUGGUAGCCCCUGCCAGAACCAUCCUUUCCCCGCAGCCCCCCGAAGGACAGGGUGUGUCGGCCCCCGCUGAGGGCGAAGUAGAGGGGGGGCACCCGUCCCCAGCGGCAGAGGUUAAGGCCGAGGAGACAGGGGGUGCAAAGGAAGCAUCUCCGGAGGCGGACGCCACAGGACGAGGCAGCGAGGACAGCCAGAGCCCCAGGAGCUCUGUGGACGACCCCGAUGAGGAUCCCAUGAAGACCGUGUGUGAGGCCUGCAACAUCCGUUUUAGCCGCCAUGAGACCUACACAGUCCACAAACGCUACUACUGUGCCUCCCGCCAUGACCCACCUCUGCGACGGCCUGGGGGCCCCCACAAGGUGGCCUUCCUGCCCCAGCCAGUGCGCACCCGGAAACGGCGCAAACUCUACGAAAUCCAUGCAGCCACCAGCAAUGCCGGCCUGCUGCCAGCAACUCACCCGCAGCCUCCUCCACCACCACCGCCACCUCCUCCGCCUCUGGGGGAGCUCCCCGCCUCCCCGCGGCUGGGGGUCAGCCCAGCGGAUGCCCUGGGGCUGGCCACCCGGGCUGACAUACCUCCCGCCCUCCUGUUGCCCUCCGUGGGCAAGGCUCCUGCCUCGGCUCCCUCCCCCAGCUCCAGCCCUGACACCGAUGGUCCCAUAGACCUAAGCAAGAAGCCUCGACUACACCGACCCGAGGGGGGUCCUGCGGCGCCCCCUCCGCCGCCUCCCCCGCCUCUGCUCCCCCUGACCGACUACCACGAGUGCACGGCCUGCUGUGUCAGCUUCCACAGCCUCGAGGCCUACUUGGCCCACAAGAAGUACUACUGCCCGGCUGCCCCGCUGCAGCAGAGUGCCUUGGAGCAGCUGCAGAAGAUCCAGGGCCUAGCUAAGCCCCGCCUGGGGGAAGGACCCCGGGGAGUGCCGGGGGAGGAGCCGGAUGCUGCGGUGCGUGUGAAAGUGGAGAAGGGCGUGGCCUCCGCCAACCCCGGACCAGUCAAAACCUCAGGCCUGCCCAUUGCUUAUCCUGGCGGGGACCCCCUGCACCGUUACCCAGGCCCCAAACCUCUCCACCUUCCCGGUGGGAAGCCUCCGCCCCCAGUGGUGUGUCCCUACUGUCCUCUCAACGGGACCAUCAAAGGCGACCUGAUCGAGCACUUCCGCCAUGCCCAUGGCCUCCUGGUGGCCAAGCCAGUGGCAGGACACGUACUGGCCGAGGCGAGCGCACCCCACACCCGGACGCCAGCAGUGGCCAGCUGCGGGGCUGAGAACAGCCUCCCGCCUCCUCUCUCACUGCCCCCAGUGACCACCUCUUCUUCUUCCUCCUCCUCCUCUUCUUCCUCUUCUUCUUCCUCCUCCUCUUCUUCCUCCUCUUCCUCAGCUUCCUCUUCAUCUUCUUCCCCACAGCCAGGACCCAGGCUCCCUCGGGACAGCUUCAAUGGCCACGAGCUCAAGGAGCCUCCAACCCCAGCCAAUGGCAGUCCCCUGCCCACCGGCUCUCCCCGGCCAGGCCUGCCCCUCUCCCCAGCCACUGCCCCGGCCCUCACCCUCUCGCCAGUGCCUGAAGCCCUGCUCCAGCCUCCGACUCCCCCCAUGUACACAGACAAGGGUGUACAAACCCCCAGCAAGGUCACCCCAGCUCCCGUCCCCAACGGCAACCACAGAUACUGUCGUCUGUGCAACAUUAGGUUCAGCAGCCUGUCCACAUUUAUAGCGCACAAGAAGUAUUAUUGUUCCUCCCACGCCGCAGAGCAUGUAAAAUAAUCCUGAACUCCCUCCCCCGCCCCCCAUUGCUCCCCUUUCCCUGCUCCUCCAUGCCCGUCCCACCACACUACAGACCGACACCAAUUUAGACACCCUCACCCCUGGCCUCGGCUCACUUCCCAGGACGUCUCAGCUAGUGGCCAGCACCCUCCUGUGGGUGGCAGGGAGGGCCUGGCCCCCAGAGCACUACGGCAGGGCAGGAGAUCCCCUUCUGCCCCGGGAACCUUUCCAACAAAGCACAAGGCAUCAAUCACUCACUCCGGCACCUCCUGGAGCUCACAGCCGCCUGGAUGGACUCCCUUUGGCCCUGAGCCCAAGGGCCCAGUGACCGAGGAGGUGGGGUGGGAAAUAGCCAGAGAAAUGGCUGACUACAAAGAAAGGCAGGGUGGGGUGGGGGGGCAGAACGGGACCCCAACCCUCGGCACUUA